ACUGUAGGUAGGGGACAUGCAGCAGGUUUUUUGUAACCGUUACUCGGUUGUAACCGUUAUUUUUUAUCCAAUGUUUCCUGUAAAGGUCCCAAUUUGAUGUGGACAGUGGCAUUGCAUUUUACAGCACUUAGAAAAAAAACAUCUGUAUUUUGUUGAAAGGUCUUGGUCUGCUUAACGGUUAUAGCCUUUAAUGUACAGGCUAGCCAAGGCUAUUAAUUCUUUUAGAAAUAGCGAAUUCGUCUCUUUGUGCAUGUUUGGUUAUAGAUAGUGCGGUGUAUACACUGAGUGCGCCUUGGAACUUUCUCUCUCUCUACCCUCCCUUCCGGAAUAAACUGUUGCCCUGCCUGCCAGCGGGAUGUCCUCUUCGGCUCCGAACAAGUCGAAUCUCUGGAGUAUGCGGGAGUCCUCGGUCAACGCAACACUUGGCAGCAAAGAGUCCGGUUUGGAGAUGACCGUGACUGCGCCCAACGCGCAACACGAGCCGCUUAACUCUGGAAAGCCCGUCAGCGAUGGCAACGGCGGCAGAGCGCCGUCGCUGCGGAACCGAGCUCCGCUGGACGCCAACAGCCGCUUCGAGGUGAUCACCGUGGACACAGCCGUCACGCGCCCGGUCGACCACAUUCCCGGGGUUAACUUCAACCCGCGGAUGUCCGUGUAUAGCGCCACGCGCCCCGUGAUCACCCGAGCCUACAUUCAAGGGCGAGUGUACAACUUUCUGGAAAGACCAACGGGGUGGAAAUGCUUCGUGUAUCACUUCGCAGUGUUUCUCAUCGUCUUGGCCUGCCUCAUCCUCAGCGUUCUGUCCACCAUUGACCAGUACCAGAGCCUGGCACAAAAAACUCUCUUUUGGGUGGAGAUAGUGCUGGUGGUCUUCUUCGGGGUGGAGUACGUAGUCCGGCUGUGGUCGGCUGGCUGCCGGAGCAAGUACGUGGGCGCCUGGGGGAGGCUGAGGUUCGCUCGCAAGCCCAUCUCCAUCAUCGACCUCAUUGUCGUGGUGGCUUCUGUAAUCGUGCUGUCCGUGGGCUCCAAAGGACAGGUGUUUGCUACCUCUGCUGUCAGAGGGAUCCGCUUCCUCCAGAUCCUGCGGAUGCUGCAUGUGGACCGACAGGGAGGAACCUGGAGGCUUCUGGGAUCUGUAGUCUUUAUACAUCGGCAGGAGCUGAUCACCACGCUCUACAUCGGCUUCCUGUGCCUGAUCUUCUCGUCCUACUUCGUGUACCUGGCGGAGAAGGAUGCGGUGGACUCCAGCGGGGUGACCGAGUUCGCCAGCUACGCCGACGCGCUGUGGUGGGGAGUGGUGACAGUCACGACCAUAGGCUACGGAGACAAGGUUCCACAGACCUGGAUCGGCAAGACGAUCGCUUCCUGUUUCUCCGUCUUUGCCAUCUCCUUUUUCGCGCUGCCCUCCGGGAUCUUGGGUUCCGGGUUUGCUCUGAAAGUCCAACAGAAGCAGAGACAGAAGCAUUUCAACAGGCAGAUUCCAGCAGCUGCCUGUCUCAUACAGAUGUGCUGGAGGUGCUAUGCGGUGGAGAACCCUGACUCUGCCACCUACAGGAUGUUUGUGAGGAAGAGGCCGGUGGUCCCCUCCUCCUCCGUGUCCAGUCCUCAGCCCAAAAAGACGGUGAGGACCAGGAGGAAGCUGAAGAACGAGAAGGACACGCUGACCAAAUCUCCCACGGUCCCCAGCAUCAUCUACGACUCCGUGUUCGACGACACCAAGGAGUACUGCAGCGACAGCCCCACCUCCAGCUCAGUGGCCCACCACUCACUGAGAAUAUUAGCCCGGCAGCAGACCUGGCCGUCUGUGUCCUCUCUACAUUCCAGUUCUCCAGCACCAGUGAAGAAGAGCAUGGCGUUUUUGGAUAUCCAGGCCUCUCAGGUGCUGAAGCGCAACAGCAGCUUUGCAGACGACCUGGAGCUGGAGGCGGAGAGAGAGAGCGUGCUCACACCUGUCACUCACGUGUCACAGUUCAGGGAGACCCAUAGGGCAGCUAUUCGGGUGAUUCAGAGGAUGCAGUACUUCGUGGCCAAAAAGAGGUUUCAGCAAGCACGCAAGCCCUACGACGUGCGAGACGUGAUUGAGCAGUACUCACAGGGACACCUCAACCUCAUGGUGCGCAUCAAGGAGCUCCAGAGGAGACUGGACCAGUCAUUGGGGAAGAUGAGUCUGUUCCAGACCAGCUCAGAGAGGACGCGGGACAAAGGCACCAACACCAUCGGCAGCAGACUCAACAGGAUGGAGGAGAAGAUGGUACAGAUGGACCAAACCCUGCAGCGUGUGGCGGACGGGCUGAACAUCCUGCUGGCCCAGCAGGGGCAGAGACAGGCACCGGGAGGCGGAGUGGGGGGGCAGGGUGCAGCGGCGCACCUGGGGGGGAUGUACAGCCUGCCCACCUAUGAACAGCUCAACAUUCCACCUGCCUCCGUCACCAAGGAGCACUGCUCCUGAACUGCUGCCUCACCUGAGACUGCGCGGUGUGGGUCACUGUGACUGCACACUGAGUCACUGUGACUACACACUGAGUCUGAGUCACUGUGACUGCACACUGAGUCACUGUGACUACACACUGAGUCUGAGUCACUGUGACUGCACACUGAGUCACUGUGACUACACACUGAGUCUGAGCCACUGUGACUGCACACUGAGUCACUGUGACUACACACUGAGUCACUGUGACUCAGACACAGUGUGUAGUCACAGUGACUACAUACUGAGUCUGAGUCACUGUGACUGCACACUGAGUCACUGUGACUACACAUUGAGUCUGAGUCACUGUGCCUACACACUGAGUCACUGUGACUACACACUGAGUCUGAGUCACUGUGCCUACACACUGAGUCACCGUGACUACACACUGAGUCUGAGUCACUGUGACUGCACACUGAGUCACUGUGACUACACACUGAGUCACUGUGACUACACACUGAGUCACUGUGACUACACACUGUUUCUGAGUCACUGUGACUGCACACUGAGUCACUGUGACUACACACUGAG